UCCUGCUGCCAGGCGCUGUUCAGCGGCAGUCUCAGCGCUGGAUUCUGAGCGAGGGAGACGCGCAUCCCGAAGGCGCAGCGGAGGGCAGGCGAGAGAGGCAGCUAAAGAGAGCAGAGCGGGGGAAAAAUCAAAUCUAUGCUUGGAACUGGGCUUCUUUUUCGCCAAUGCAAAAGGGAAUAUGCAGCACAUUUUUGCCUUCUUCUGCACCAGUUUCCUAGGGGCGGUGUUAGGGGCCAAUUUCCCCAACAAUAUCCAGAUAGGGGGGUUAUUUCCUAAUCAACAGUCCCAGGAACAUGCAGCUUUUAGGUUUGCGUUGUCUCAGCUCACGGAACCUCCCAAGCUCCUUCCCCAGAUCGACAUUGUGAACAUUAGUGACAGCUUUGAAAUGACAUACACCUUCUGCUCGCAGUUCUCCAAGGGCGUCUAUGCCAUCUUUGGAUUUUAUGAGAGGAGGACUGUCAACAUGCUCACGUCUUUCUGCGGGGCUCUCCACGUCUGCUUCAUAACGCCAAGCUUCCCUGUCGAGACGUCCAACCAGUUUGUCCUCCAGCUCCGCCCAGAGCUCCAGGAUGCCCUCAUCAGUGUCAUCGAGCACUACAGCUGGCAGAAGUUUGUGUACAUUUAUGAUGCUGACCGGGGGUUGUCAGUCCUACAGAAAGUGCUGGACACUGCGGCUGAGAAGAACUGGCAGGUGACAGCUGUCAACAUCCUGACGACAACAGAAGAGGGCUAUCGAGUGCUCUUCCAGGAGCUGGAGAAGAAGAAGGAGAGGCUGGUGGUGGUGGACUGCGAGUCUGAGCGGCUGAACAUCAUCCUAAACAAGGUGAUAAUCAAGCUUGAAAAAAAUGGGAAUGGGUACCACUACAUUCUGGCAAAUAUGGGAUUCAUGGAUAUUGACCUGACCAAAUUCAGGGAGAGUGGAGCCAACGUGACUGGCUUCCAGCUGGUGAAUUACACAGAUACUGUUCCUGCCAGGAUCAUGCAACAGUGGAGGAAUAAUGAUGCCAGAGAGCAUCCACGUGUGGACUGGAAAAGGCCAAAGUACACGUCAGCCCUGACAUACGACGGGGUCCGGGUGAUGGCCGAGGCGUUCCAGAACCUGAGGAGGCAGAGGAUCGACAUCUCCCGCCGCGGCAACGCCGGGGACUGCCUUGCCAACCCAGCCGUACCCUGGGGGCAAGGCAUCGACAUCCAGAGAGCGCUGCAGCAGGUCCGUUUUGAAGGAUUGUCUGGCAACGUUCAGUUUAACGAGAAAGGACGGAGGACCAACUACACCCUGCAUGUGAUUGAGAUGAAACACGACGGCAUCAGAAAGAUUGGUUACUGGAAUGAAGAUGAGAAGUUGGUUCCAACAGCAGUAGAUACUCAAAGCGGCAACGAGUCCACAAGCCUCCAGAACAGGACUUACAUAGUCACGACCAUCCUAGAAGACCCAUAUGUGAUGCUCAAGAAGAAUGCCAACCAGUUUGAAGGCAAUGAGAGGUACGAAGGCUACUGUGUGGAGCUCGCUGCCGAGAUCGCCAAGCACGUUGGCUACCACUACCGGCUGGAGAUCGUCCGGGAUGGGAAGUAUGGAGCCCGGGACCCUGACACCAAAACAUGGAAUGGCAUGGUGGGAGAACUUGUUUAUGGGAGGGCGGAUGUGGCUGUGGCACCAUUAACCAUCACGCUGGUUCGAGAAGAAGUUAUAGACUUUUCCAAACCGUUCAUGAGCUUAGGCAUCUCCAUAAUGAUAAAAAAACCUCAAAAGUCCAAGCCGGGAGUUUUUUCAUUUCUGGAUCCUUUGGCUUACGAAAUAUGGAUGUGCAUUGUUUUUGCCUACAUUGGAGUGAGCGUUGUCCUCUUCCUGGUGAGUCGCUUCAGCCCCUACGAGUGGCACACUGAGGAAUUCGAGGAAGGACGGGACCAGCCGGCCAAUGACCAGACGAAUGAGUUUGGGAUAUUCAACAGCCUCUGGUUCUCCCUGGGAGCUUUCAUGCAGCAAGGAUGUGAUAUUUCUCCAAGGUCUCUCUCCGGCCGCAUAGUUGGUGGCGUCUGGUGGUUCUUCACCUUGAUCAUCAUAUCCUCCUACACAGCUAACCUGGCUGCCUUCCUCACCGUGGAGAGGAUGGUUUCUCCCAUUGAGAGUGCAGAGGACUUGGCCAAGCAGACAGAAAUUGCCUAUGGGACCCUGGAAGCUGGCUCCACUAAGGAAUUUUUUAGGCGAUCCAAAAUAGCAGUGUUUGAGAAGAUGUGGACAUACAUGAAGUCAGCCGAGCCCUCUGUUUUUGUGAGGACGACAGAAGAGGGGAUGAUCCGAGUGAGGAAGUCCAAAGGGAAGUAUGCAUACCUCUUGGAGUCCACCAUGAAUGAGUACAUCGAGCAGCGGAAGCCCUGCGACACCAUGAAGGUGGGAGGUAACUUGGACUCCAAAGGCUAUGGUAUUGCAACGCCAAAGGGGUCUGCACUGAGAAACCCAGUAAACCUGGCAGUGUUAAAACUGAACGAGCAGGGGCUUUUG